GUGGCAGUUGGAGUGCUUUUCAAGCCAAUGGUAUUAUUUUCAAUGAUGUUCAGCUUUUUGGGUAUUGCUGGGGCUUCACUCAUCAAGGACAGUGAACAGUAUUCCAUUAAACUUGUGGAGGUGGAUACGCUUUGGGGAGUGAGGAGUUACUCACCACAAAAUCCCCUGCCUCUGAUCUGUUCCGGUGAGCACUGUUUAUAAGUGCAGAGGCUACAGAUUGAGUCUGAAUCUGAGAUCGCUGAUAAGUCCAAUCCAUAAUCAAAGCAGAAUGGAAGCGAGUCAUUGUUUGACCCUGAGAGAAAAGGAGGAGAAAAGACUGAUAUUCUCUGGAAUCUAAAAGAAUGAGAGAAGAUGGAGUAUCAUACGUUUCUGUAUGAAGGGGACCUUGUUGGCAUGAUGCUUAGAGCCUGUUCAUCUUGGUUGGAAGUAUCAAGUUUUUGCACAGCAGCUGUUUUAGAGUUGGAUGAGAAUUUCUUCAUUUGCACAGUUUGAAUUUCUGGAAUUCUCUCUGGGUCGCUGUUUAAUCAAAGAAUAUAUGCUAGACUGAGGCAGCUAAAUCUUUUGAAUGCUAAGGGAAGCAAGGGAUCGGAGAACGAAAUGGAACAGCAGGCUCAGAGUGUGACCUACUCUUGCUCAUAUUCCUUACAUGAUUGAAAACACAUGAUGGUGGAGGGACUGCAGUUGAUCUUGGCACUCCUGGGAGGGCGUGAAGAGCUCUCAUUUUAGUUCCUAUUGAGCUAGCCAUGCUGGAAGUGCUUUUGCAUGGCUUCUGGCCUUGGUCUAAAGUGCCUUUUAGGUGUUAACAAUGUCCUGAUCAGCUCUGAUGCAUCCUCUUGUUAAAAUAUUGUGUGUCUGCUCCCUUUUGUAAAGUGCCAGAUGACCAUUUGUGGUUGCAGAGUUAUGUGAUUUCUACAGGAGAGCAUGGUAGCAAAUUGCAGAGGAAAAAAGAAAGAGGAAAGCAAAAGGUCUCACUCCGAAAACAAAAUGAGUAAACAGUGGGAUGAUAUUGCAGCAAGUCAUCCACCUUCCCAAGAUCAGACAAGUUUAAAAAUAGCAUUGGACGGUGGUGACUUAGAAGUAAUUCAAUCACGGUUCUAAUGAUUAGUGAACAUCAGCAGACCCUAGAGAUCAAAUUACUGCUAUGAACUUGCCAUGGUUCACUUAAAUUUAGUCGAAGUUCUGACUUUGAACACGGCAAACUGCUGAGCCCAACCACAAUGGAAGUGUUCCAGGCUAAAGAAUUAUGUUUUGGAGUGAACAACGAGCCUUACUGGUGUGAGACAGGAUAUUGCUGUGGGGAGACGGAAUGCUGCACCUACUAUUACGAACUAUGGUGGUUCUGGCUGGUCUGGACUAUCAUUAUUAUGCUCAGUUGUUGUUGUGCGUAUCGACACCGACGUGUAAAACUACGGUUGCAACAGGAGCAACGUCAGAGGGAAAUCAGCUUGAUGGCCUACCAGGGCGCUAGUACUUACACAACACAGCCACUGGAUUUAAGAUUCUGGACAAACUGUAAGCUCCCAGACUACGAGGAAGUGGCAGGACACCCUCCAACACCCCCACCUCCUUAUACUGAACUACAGCAGCAGAACACACAGACCUCUACCUAUGAAAAUGUGGUUGUCGAGAGCCAGCCUGCUUUACAGGAGUCUGUAAACUCACUUGCAUUAGAGGCAACACAAGAAGCAGAGGCAACACAAGAAGCAGAGUCUAACUCAUCCACUCAUGAACAGGAGGAUGACCAGGUGUCUGAUGACCCCACAGAGGUAUCACCCACUUAUCCAGCUGACAGAGAAAAUGGUGACAUUAUUCAAGAGGAGGAAUCUGCUGCACUCUCGGCCUCCGAUUUUAAAAUGUUGGAUACGGAUUCCGACCUAUGUGAUCAAGGGGAAGGGAAGGAAGAAAGCUCAAGGCAUAGGCGGAUCACAGGAGACUCUGGCAUUGAGGUGUGCGUGUGCCAGUUGGAUGAGGACUCUUACCAUGAGGAAGUGGGCCUGAUGGGUGGUGUGAGCGCCUCUGAAUGUUGCGAGUCCCCGUCAUCUUAUAGCUCUCACCUUCACACAGAGCAGCUCUCCAAGCAGGCUGCUAAUACACACCCUCAACUGCAUACUGCUAAAGAACGAGAGGAGGAUGGUGACAUUGUGUAGCAUGUGCCAUUGCCCCUGGUACACAAGUGAAACACACAGAUGGUGCAAUCAUGACUGCUGACUGUUCAGCAUCAAUUCUGGACUUAUCCAGCGUUUUCCAUAAGGUGCCUGAAAUACAUCAGGUGUAAGAUGCAGGUUGUAGUCUAUAGAUGUAGUAGUUUGGAUCUGUCCAGGGUUUCGCAAUCAGAGUUUCUUCUAACCUUCUCUAAAAAUUGACUGUAGCACUAUGUACUGCUUUGGUAAUUUUUCAAAUCUUUGUCUUCAGAACCUCUCGUAUUGAAAACAUUUGACUUUCUUUUUCAAAAAGGGAGUGGGAAACAAAAUCUUUCCAAAAAGAAACAUCUCCUGAGACUAUGCCAUUUUGAGUAGGAUGGUAUGGGCCUGUGGUCCAGCCGUUCAUCAGUACUGUUGUGCAGGUUGCUUUAGUUAAUGGCAUCGUUCUUUUUACCUCCUCAUGGUCAUAUGCCACAUAUACUUGGAGCUCCUCAUAGAAAGGCCAGCCAAGGAUGAACAGAUCACUAUGUGGUGACUCUAUGCCUGUGGUGCAGCACAUUGACUCAUUACUGCCACAUGCCUCCAGGGCAUACUCUUCACUUUGUUAAUUUAUUAGCAGUGGACCUGUUGGAUGCAACGUGUUGAGAUGGGCGUUUAGUUUUCACAUGUUAUGUUGUCUAAACUGCACUAACGCAUCAAAUAUUUCUAAAUACGAGUUUACUUUUUUUAAAAAGUUUAACUUAGAUUUGGGCCUACCAACUAUUAUUUCUGUGGUACUGUUGGUAGAAGUUUAACUGAAACUUUUUACCAAUGAAUGUUUAUGUACAAGUGAAAUACAAAGCCUUUAUAUUCAUGUUAAAUAUAGCACCCACAGCAAAAAAAAACCAAACCCAAAGGCAUUCACUUAUUGGAUACUAAUACUGUUUGUAUGAGAAAGUAGAUAAUGUGAGAUGUGCAGUUUUUCUGCCCAGUUGCAAUAAGCUUGCAGUUCUGAAGGGUCACUGGAUUCGAAAUGUUAACUCUGCUUUCUCUCCACAGAUGCUGUCAGACCGCUGAGUUUUUCUAAUACAUUCUGAUGUUGUAAUGCUUGGGGAAUGGUGAGUGCAUUUUCAGCUAUAGGGGAAAAUAGGUACGGGACUAAUACAUAUUGGUACCAAGUUUAAAAGUGUGUUGGGUUAAACAUGUUGCUUUUCUCCUCUUGUUGACCGGACAAUCUAUAUUUCUGCAGUUCACUUUAAAGCCAAGAGUUGAGUACAGUGUUGUACAAUAAUUUAUAACCUUAAGUACCUCUGAUUAAUCAGCUUCAGUGUCAAGGAAAAGACAAUAAUUCUAGAGUCAGCUAUUGCAUAUGAGCAAGGAAGAAUAGUUUUGUAACAGAAAUGCUGCAGAACAUGGGGUGAAAUUGAUCUAUAGUGACUGUUGUUGAACAACAAUCCUUAUUUGUUUUGCUAGACCUAUAUAGUCCAAACACACUCCCAAAACUUGGAGGAAAGCAUCAUGUGCCACAAUAAAACUGCUGCUAAAAGUCAAGGGAGCUAGGUUGAAAAUUAAGCAAGGAGUCAAGAAAUAUAUUCUGAAUUGGACUGAAACUUGAGUCACAUGGUUCUGCAUUUCAUAAAACGUUGGGUGAGCAUGAAGGAAAAAUGUACAACCAGUGCCUUGCAAAUAACAGGGCUGAGCAGACGAUUGUCUUCUUUUAAAAGAAGACAUUUUUGCAAAGUACAAGUAUUGAAAAUGUCUGUUGAUUAAAGUGGAAUGAGGUGUUGCAUUACAUGCUUUCAAUGUGAAAUCUGAACUCAUUGAAUGAUAGUCUGGAUAAUUUAGGUAGCAUACUCACCACAUCAGGCCAGCGUCAUACAUUCAGGGAGUGUUUAUUACAAAUACUCGAGAAUGAAAGUUGGCCACACUUAAUGCUCUUAGUAUCGAUUUUGACUGAGAACAAAGAAUUAAAGACUUGUGCUCUGCGUUACAGAAGCAAAUGUCACAAGCCACAAUAUUGUGAAAGGAAAGAGCAGCUUCCAAAAAAGAACCUUCAAGUGAACAAAUAGAAAUAGAACAACUAGAGUAUUGUAUACUUUCCCUAACAUCAGAUAAAGUUAGGCUUAUGAAUACAACUGCUAAAAACCCUUACUGACAAUGUACAAAGAGGUUUGUGGCAAAACUAAGCUGAUGGUAAGCAAAAUAUUUAAAAUUCCAGUAUGAAACUCCUCCUUCAAUCACAAAGCCAAGUAGUGAUGACUGGAGGCCUUUUAAUUCUGAUAUUAUAGAUAUUUGGGAAAACAAGCAAGUAAGAAAGCCUGAUCCUCGAAUUAACACAAGAGAACUGAAAAGGUUGCUUCCGAUGAGAGAGACAGCACAUUCAAUCAGCAAUCAGAAAGAAAGUUGAUUUCUCCUCCAGUGACAUGUAAAGAACAAUGUGCUUAGACGUUGAGUUGGAAAAGAAAGUUUAGCUGUAGAUUCUUCUUUGAAUCUAUGAGCAGACCAGGAAACAUAUGGAGCUGUAGGGACAGAAACCUAGAGGGCAAGGGAAAGAGGAAAAACAGAUAUUCAGAUCCUCAGACAGUGUCUUUUUAAGUAGGUAAUGAGGUAUCCUUUUAAAAUAUUAGCUUGAGGAAGAUUGUCUUUUUUUUGCAGUAGUGAAAUGCAGUUAUAUUUUGAUGCCUUUUUAAUAAGAAACAUUUUAAUUUUGUAAUACUUUGAUAGACAAUGCAUGUUCAAAGGUUGAUGAAAUUUCGUUGUACAAUCUCAGUUACA